GGUGCAAGACAUUAGAGCUCUACCUUUUAAAGCUUAAUCCAACACUCCUUUCACUGAAGAAUUUGUGGCUCUGUUUGGGUCUCCGACACAGGGUAGAAGUGCUUUUAAUCUUACACUGCACGAAUCAGUUGGGUCUACCAUCACCCUCAAGCGGCAGAUAAGAACGGUACCGCCCCCGUUCCGCCCCAUCAGAGGCGGCUGCAAUCACUUCGCGUUUAUAUCCCUUCUUGGUGUCUGGAACGAACGAAAAGGAAGGGAGAGCGGGUAUGGUCGGGCCGAUGGCCACGGAUCCGCUCCUCAGCCUCCACCGCCACCCGUCCGACCUCAUGGUCGGCGUCGUCGACUACCUCGGCCGUCCCGCCUCCAGAUCCGCCACUGGCGGCUGGACCUCCGCCCUCUUUAUCAUAGUGGUGGAGGUUGCCGAGCGGUUCGCCUUCUUCGGGUUGUCCUCCAACCUGAUAGUCUACCUCACCGACCCGCUCAAUGAGCCGACGGCGACAGCCGCGGCCGCGAUCAGCACGUGGAAGGGAGUGGCGUGUAUGCUGCCCUUCCUGGGUGCUGUCGUCGCCGACUCUUACCUGGGGCGCCAUCGGACCAUCGUCAUCGCCUCUCUCCUCUACAUCCUGGGUUUAGGCAUGCUGGCAUUGUCAUCUGCGUUGCUAUCCUUCCAUCUGGCAAAAUGUGGCGGCGCGGUGGAUGAAGUGGCCUGCACACCCUCUCUUGCCCAAGUGGCCUUGUUCUACGCGUCCCUGUACCUGGUGGCACUCGCUCAAGGAGGUCAUCAACCCAGUGUCCCGGCAUUUGCAGCUGACCAGUUCGACCAAACCGAUCCCGAGGAAUCAAUCGCAAGGAGCGCUUUCUUCAACUGGUGGUGCUUUGCAAUAUAUUGUGGCAUUCUUGUUGGGGUUGUAGUCCUCGGCUAUGUCCAGGAUAACCUGGGUUUUGUCCUCGGGUUUGAAAUCCCAUUCAUGGUGAUGCUGUUUGGUCUUCUGGUCUUCUUGCUUGGGACGAGAACUUACCGCUUCUAUCUCCUGGAAGAUUUGAGCCCCUUCGCCCGUAUCGGCAAAACACUCGUUGCAUUGGCAAGAACUACGGCCGAAGCAGACACAGAACGUCACCAAUCUGAUGUUGGAGAUGUAGAGGAAGCUAAGAGGUUGCUUCGACUGUUCCCCACAUGGGCGACGUGCUUGAUCUAUGCCGCCGUGCUUAACCAGCCAUCCACCUUCUUCACUAAGCAAGCCAGUACUUUGGACAGGAGCAUCAGCAGCUCGAACUUUCGAGUGCCACCAGCGGCGCUGCUAAGCCUUAUCAGUGCCUCCGCCGCCGCUUUCACUCCCAUCUAUGAUCGUCUUCUCGUGCCCGCAGCCAGAAGGUUCACAGGUCUUCCUUCUGGCAUCACGAUGCUUCAGAGGAUCGGCAUCGGAAAGGUGAUCUCUCUGAUCUCUAUCGUGGUGGCAGCCCUGGUGGAAACGAAGAGGCUCCGAACUGCGAGAGAGUUCGGCCUGGUGGAUCAGCCCGAAGCAACCAUUCCACUGAGCAUCUGGUGGCUGGUGCCUCAGUACGUUCUUUCCGGCGUGGCGGAUGCUUUCUCGGUAACCGGGUUGCUGGAGUUCUUCUACGACCAAGUCCCUGAUGCACUGAGGAGUCUCGGGGUGGCCCUCUUCAUGAGCAUCUUCGGCGUCGGCAGCUUCAUCGACGGAUUCAUGAUCUCUGCGAUCAACAAAAUAACUGGCGUAAUGGGAGAGACUUGGUUUUCCAACAAUCUCAACCGCGCUCAUCUUGAUUACUUCUACUGGCUUCUCGCGGGGCUCAGUAUUCUCGAGUUGGUUCUCUACCUCCACUGUGCGCAAGCAUAUGUGUACAAGAAAAAGGACACUGCUGCACUCACGUAACUUCACUUUCA